AUGUCGGCUCCGUCCACCGCAACUCCCCCCGUCGCCUUCAACAGGCUCAAGCAGAUCGCCACCGACGCCUGCUCCUCUGCCAUCGGCUCCGCCGAGUUCUACGACCACGCCAAAACCGAGCAAUGGAACUCCCAAAUCAUUAACUCCGUCCUGAAGGCCGUCAUCUCCGAGUCCACGCCCCAAGGCGGCUCAGCUCCCACGUUCAAGUUCGCCUGCAACUCCACGAUCGUCCAGCACCUCGUCCCGACGUCCUCGCUCAACAAGUCCAAGGGCACCACCGCCAACUCCGAGGAGCCCCACAUCUCGACCAGCGCCGAGAGCACCGGCAUCGACGGCAAGCCGCACGUCGGCAGGCGCGGCAUGCACAGCGCCACCGGCGCCUACUGGGACGAGAAGAAGGACGGCAUGUGGUCCUACAAGUACGACGGCGGCGAGGGCAAGGGCAUGGAUAAGUCAAAGGAGACCGAGGAUGCUCGAGACGAAGACAAGUCCCAGGAGCCCAGGGCGGAGACUGAGGAGAUCAUCGAAGAGGAUCACCAGGAGGCAGGCUUCGGCGCUCUCCCUCUGCGCUGA